UUUCCUUAGGUGAGUAUCUCUAACUCCCUUCAUAUCUUAUUUCUUACGUGGUCUCCACACUCCCCCCCCUCUUUUCCCGAGCUCCGACCUCCUAGCUUCAGCUGUUCCCCUGAGGCUAAUAACAACCAGAUACCCCCGUGUCCUACCCUUAUCGCUGGAAUUUGUUCAUCUAAACUCGCGCACAUGGCGACGGGUCCGGCAACUCAAUCAUUGAAGUGCGUGGUGACUGGUGAUGGUGCAGUUGGCAAAACAUGUCUUCUCAUCUCCUAUACGACGAAUGCCUUCCCGGGAGAGUACAUCCCUACUGUCUUCGACAACUACACGGCUAGUGUUAUGGUGGACGGCAGGCCGAUCAGCCUGGGACUGUGGGAUACCGCCGGACAAGAAGACUAUGAUCGCCUCAGACCGCUAUCCUACCCGCAAACCGACGUCUUCCUCAUUUGUUUCUCCAUCGUCAGCCCUCCAUCAUUCGAUAACGUCAAAGCCAAGUGGUUCCCCGAGAUCGAACACCACGCCCCCAAUGUCCCCAUCAUCCUCGUCGGCACCAAGCUCGACCUGAGAGACGACCGCAACACCGUCGAAGCCCUCCGAGCACGCAAGAUGGAGACUGUCUCGUACGAACAAGCCCUGGCUGUGGCCAAGGAGAUUCGCGCACAUAAGUACCUCGAGUGUUCGGCGCUGACACAACGCAACCUGAAGAGCGUGUUCGACGAAGCCAUCCGGGCCGUUCUCAACCCCCGUCCCGCUACGAAAUCCGGGAGGAAGGGAGUCAACAAAUGCAUGAUCUUGUAGAGCGUUUGGCUUGACUCGUCUCUCCCAUUUUCUUCGUAUGCUAUAAUGAAUAAUAUAUAGUUAAUACGGCGUCUGGGUAAUUGGAGGCUGUUUCGGCCUCUGUUUUGAUGAAAUCCAUUAACCGUUUAUCUUCUUUGGGAAUUAUCCUGUCGCUCUAUAUCUUUCGCUCUUUGACAAUGUUUAUAGUUUAUUUAAAUCUAUGCGUGUUUUCCUAAA